AUGAAUUAAUUGAUUACCAUUCAUAUUGGAGGAGCAGGAUCUAAUAUUGGAUAUUAACUAUGGUCAAAUUUAUCUUAACAAAAUUCAUAAGAUCUUCCCUCCAUAUUUUAAGAAAACUCUCUACAAUCAUAUAAACCUCGAUCAAUUUUUGUAAAUACUCUGGAUAAAUAAAUUCCUCAAUGUAAUUAUUCUUUAUUCUCUCCUAAUCAAUUCUUUUAUACUAAAGAAGACUCAGCAGUCAUUUAUACUUCUGGUCAUUAUUGCAUAGCUAAAGAUUUGAUUCCAAAAAUAUAAGAUGAAAUUAGAAGAUAAGUUGAAAAUUGUGAUCAUUUUUCAGGAUUCGUAUUUACUCAUUCUAUAAGUGGAGGUUUUGGCUCAGGAUAUACUACUCUUCUUUCAAGGUUAUUAAAAAUUGAAUAUAAUAAAUCCAUUAAUUUCAGUUUCUGCUUAGCUCCAUCCCCAAAUUAUAGUGAUAAUAUAAUAGAAUCAUAUAAUUCUCUUAUGAGUCUAAAUUCUAUGGCAGAAACUUUUGAUGGAGUAAUUUUAUUGCAAAAUGAAGCUAUUUAUAAUCUCAUUGAAAAUCGAUUAGAUAUUGAGUCUCCCUCAUUUAAUGAAGCUAAUUAAGUUAUUAUACAUCCUAUAAUAUCUUUGUUAAAAUUUAAUUAACAGAAAUCUUUACAAUUACUUAAAUUAAAUUUAACUAAUAAAAAUAAAUUAAAUAUUUGGUCAUGUUCUUAUGGACCUCUAUUCAAUCAAGAUGAUAGGGAUUACUCAUUAUAACUCACUUCAAAUUCAGUUAAAGAUAUAUUAACUUAUAACUCCUACAUUUGUCAUUUAAAAAAAAUGUAAUAUAAGCAAGCGUUUUUAUAUGCUGAAUAAAUAAAUUAGAAAAUAUUGUCAAGAACUUUAUCUGAGGUAAUUGUCAAUAAAUAAUACUCAAUUUAUUUGAAAGAAUAAUAAGAAUAAACAUAUAAAAAUUAAUAAUUUUAAUAGUAAAUCUAUUCUGGUAAAGGGAAUUUGUUGUUUAUACAUAAAAGUACAGGAAUAGGAGAAUAAUUAACUUCAAUACAUAAGAAAGCCUAAAUCCUUUUUUAAAAAAGAGCUUUCAUCCAUUGGUAUGUAGGAAUAGGGAUUGAAGAUCAAUCUGUAACAGGAGAGUUUACAGAUUUUGAAUAAUUGUAAAAAGACUAUGCAAAUGAAGUUUUUAAUGAUUAAUGA